ACAAACAUCUCUUCAUCCUAAUUCACGAGGCUAACGAUAUGAAUUUACAAAUAAUUUAUGGGCGUUCUGAACGAACUAGUUAUUGAUAUAAAGGCCCCAGACGCGUAUGGUUAUUCGUUUGGUUAGGCUAUUUAUUGCACACUCAAAGCGGGGACUAGUUGCACAUUUAUUCUCAAAAACAUUCGGGUGUGCUUGGAUGCCUUUCCUGGGAACGUCACUAUACUACAUGUUUACAGAAUGAAAGAAAGCGAUAUUGGAUAAUAUGGGAAUUACUAUUGUUAGACACUGAGCAGCAUUACCGAGAUUAAGUAAGAUAUGGAAGCUAUAUGGCUGUACCAGUUCCGGCUGAUUGUCAUUGGUGACUCGACAGUGGGAAAGUCUUGUCUGAUCAGACGCUUCACAGAGGGACGUUUUGCGCUGGUGUCUGAUCCUACUGUCGGAGUCGAUUUCUUUUCCCGCCUGGUAGAGAUUGAACCAGGCAAGCGUAUCAAGCUUCAGAUCUGGGACACGGCUGGCCAAGAAAGAUUCAGAUCUAUCACAAGGGCUUAUUACCGUAAUUCAGUGGGUGGCCUGUUGCUUUUUGACAUCACCAACCGCCGCUCCUUCCAGAAUGUUCACGAGUGGCUGGAGGAAGCGCGCAGUCAUGUGCAGCCACAUAGCAUCGUCUUCUUAUUGGUUGGUCACAAGUGUGACCUGGAACAGCAGCGGCAGGUGAGCCAGCAGGAAGCGGAGAAACUGGCAGUUGCUUAUGGCAUGCGUUACGUGGAAACCUCUGCACGUGAUGCCAUAAAUGUAGAGAGGGCCUUCACCGAGUUGACACGAGAUAUCUUUGAGCUGGUCAAAAGUGGGGACAUCACCAUCCAGGAGGGUUGGGAGGGAGUCAAGAGUGGUUUUGUGCCCAAUGUGGUGCAUUCAUCUGAGGAGGUGACCAAGAGCGACCGUCGAUGCUUCUGUUGAUCAAGUGACUCUGGCUGGUGUAUCAUGGCUCUUCACUGCAAAACCAGUGCUGUUCUUCUCCCUUAGCUUUACAUUUCCCACUAAUGCAGCCCUACAAAUACUUUCUUCCCUCUUCCAGUGUUUCCCGCUCUCAUAAUUACUUCAAGUACAGUUCCUAUUCUCAACAUAAAUUCAGAACUUCACAUUCAAAUAAUGACCUAAAAGAUAAGUGACAAAACUUCAUCCACUUUGUGGCAAGAUGGAACCAGCAGAACUGUGUUGUAAGAAUGGUGCGAGUAAAAGGUUGCAGCAUUUUCCAGACUGGAGAUCUCAAACAUGCAUCCAAGGGAAAAGCUCAUUCUUUGGAGCAAAGACAGGUCCAAAGUUUACACCAAAUAUUCACCCAUCAAUGUUUUCUUCUAAACAGAACAUUUCAGAGCAUGCACAGGAGGACCACACCAGUCAAAACAUCAAUUUUCUCAUUUGCCCAUUUAGCUCCUAUUGUUUUCAUCUGAGCCACAUCCACACUUAUACGUUUUUGUUUUAAAACACAUACGUUUUGCUGUUUACACCUCUCAUUCACACUAGAGUGGCACUUUUCUCCACUGAAAAUGCUCUAUAUUACCUGCAUACUUUGGAAAACGGUGAUGUAAGAAAACUGAAAGGGGAGUCUUGCAACAAAAACAGAUAAGUGUUGAUGUGGCCUAAAGAUACUCCAUAUGGUACUUUCACAUCAUGUCAGAAUUACUGUAAUUAUGACUUUCCGACUUAAAAAUGGUAAAAAAACCUCUUAAAUACAAGUUCAGAACUUCGGAUUUUAUGAAAGAUGAAAAAUUGUGAUGCAAUGUAAAAAUAAACUGUUAAAAGUAGUUUACACAUAUUUCUGUUUGAAAUGGCAUUUUAUUAUAGCCAGUUAUCUUGUGCAAUUUCGUUUUUCUUACAAAGAUGUCAACAACAACAAAGCCGAAAAUUUAUCCAAAUUGGCAUUUUAAGUGUUGCCUAAAAAACGAAUACUUUGAGUUGUCAUCUCGUAAUUACAGUCAUUCCAACACAAAAGUGUAAUUCCUUAUUGGCAUACUGCAUAUUGAUUGUUUGGUGUGACGUCGGAGUUGAAGAAUUCAACAAGAGGGAGAGAAAUUCUGUUCCUUACUGUCGUUGUCUGACAAAGAUGAAGACUGUGCCUGUAGAGGCAAGAGGAUUUACCAAUCAUAGGGAAUGUGAGAAGUAAUAUUUUGUUUUCCUUCAGGAUUAACCCCUUCUGCUUUUGACAUCUUUAAACAGAGAUCUCUCUAAAAAGUAAUGCCGUUAACAAAAAAUUGUCUUUCAAUGCUACAUUAAAAUAUCUGAUACACAUCAACAUCAUCAUCAAUAAAGCUUCCAGGAAAUACUCAAUUCUAGGGAGCCGCAUUUCAAAGUUUCUGACCUUCUCAUUUAAAGUGGUGUAUCACAAUACCACAGAUUUUCCACAUGAAUAGAACAUUCAGGGACUUUAUCCACAUAUCUAUAUGUAAAGCACUGAUAGAUCAUGUCCCAAAGUUGUUCUUUUCAGAUAUAUCAACAAUGAUAUUAGAUUUAAUAUCUGAAUUGGUUCUUAAGAAAUUCCACUUUCAUAACCAUCACUUGAGGUUAGAAGCUGCAGAGUACUUUUUUGACUUCAGACUAAUAAAAGAUCACUAAACCGACUGAAAUUACUAUUAACUGUGUAUUUAUUGAUCUUGCGAGAGAGAUGGAUGAACAAUCAAUAAAAUGUGACUCAA